CGUCUCGGUCUCUCUCUCUCCUCUCUCUAACUCACUGCUCUCGUGCACCACUUCUCUUCCCUCUGACUCCAUCCUUCUCCAUCUGUUCCCUGUCAAACUUCUGUCUGUCUUUUUAGGUUUUCUGAAGGAGAUGACUCGGUAACUACUAUAUAACCCUGGCGUACUCAACAUCCAAUAUGCGUCACCUCUUAUCACUGCUCGUGCUUCUGAUCGCAUCGGCCGCCCUGGUCUCCGCCGUCCCCGCCGGCUCCAUUAUCACUCCACAACCACCCGUCGAACCCGUUCACCUUCUCUCUUCCCAGCCUUCUGAUCCCCGAAGGCCAUGGACUCGCCUCCGUGACUGGGUUAUCGAGUCCAUAUGGGGCAUUGAAAAACCCGCUUCUCGUCGAUUCCCACUCAACGAUUCCCCGCGCAAUCGCUCUCCUCCCUCCCGGAUCCUGGCGCGCUACGGUAGUGACGUCGUACUUCGUUUCAGCCUGCGCGAUCACGAUGAGGCCGAAGCACUGGCCCAGGCCGCAGACAUUCUAUUCCUGGACGUAUGGGCGUCUACUCCAGCAUUCGUAGAUAUCCGGCUGGCCGAGGAAGUCAUCCCCUCGUUAUUGGGCUUACUACCAAAUUCCCUCCAGACUGCAUAUACCCCCCUGAUAGAAAACUUGGCAGAGAGAAUCUAUACGACCUAUCCAUCGAAAAAGCCCAUAGGGCUUGAAGGACAAUCCGGAUUUGCGCCCUCAAAUCGGCCUGCGCCGAAAUUUGGCGACCUUUUCUUCCACGAGUAUCAGCCUCUGUCCGUCAUUGUUCCAUGGAUGCGCCUACUAGCUUCCAUGUUUCCAUCACAUGUGCGCAUGAUUAGCAUUGGAGUAUCUUACGAGGGUCGCGAAAUUCCCGCCCUCCGACUGAGCGCAGGCAGCUCCACCGCGGCGUCAGGCCCUCGUAAAACCAUCAUCGUCACGGGUGGUAGCCAUGCUCGCGAAUGGAUCGGCACCUCAACCGUAAACCAUGUCAUGUACACUCUCAUUACGAAGUACGGGAAAUCCAAGGCCGUCACCCGCCUUCUACAGGACUUUGACUGGGUCAUGAUCCCCACGAUCAAUCCCGACGGCUAUGUCUAUACCUGGGAGACGGACCGACUAUGGCGCAAGAAUCGACAGCGAACCAGCCUACGCUUCUGUCCCGGGAUCGACCUUGACCGCGCCUGGGGCUUCGAAUGGGAUGGCGGUCGGACCCGCGCGAACCCUUGUUCCGAAAAUUAUGCUGGAGACGAGCCUUUCGAGGGCAUGGAAGCACAGCAAUUGGCACAGUGGGCGCUCAAUGAGACGCAAAACAACAAUGCUGACAUCGUGAGCUUCCUUGACCUUCACUCUUACUCUCAAACAAUUCUCUAUCCCUUCUCCUACUCCUGCUCGUCGAUACCCCCAACACUUGAGACCCUGGAAGAACUAGGCCUAGGCCUAGCCAAGGCUAUUCGUUACGCGACUCACGAAGUCUACGAUGUCACAUCCGCCUGCGAAGGCAUCGUCACUGCCAGUGCGGCAGACACCAACCCCGGGCGAUUCUUCCCCAUUGGCGGCAACUCUGGUGGCAGUGCCUUAGACUGGUUCUACCACCAAGUGCACGCGACCUUUUCGUAUCAGAUCAAGCUUCGUGAUCGCGGGAGCUACGGGUUCCUCCUCCCUUCCGAACACAUCAUUCCCACCGGCAAGGAGAUCUACAAUGUCGUUCUGAAGCUAGGAUCCUUCCUCAUCGGGGGCGACUCAUUCGACGUCGAUUGGGAAUCAGAACUCUUCGAUCUGUCAAAGGAGGAGUCGGAUCUGGACACCCGCUAUCCAAACUCUAAUGACCGCUCCCCGGCAUAUCUACACAACGCCAACGACCCAGUACCUCACACCGGCGAGGACGAAGACGCGGACGAAGACGCGGACGAAGACGAGGAAUGGGUGAUUGUGGAGGAAGAGGACUUUGAAGACGAUAAUGACGAAGAAGAGAAGGAAGAUGCAUAUUGGGCCACCGAACACACAUUCGAAUUCCGGCGACGACGCUGACGAUGAACAAACAAACUAAUUAAACCUAUUUAUAUGACUCCCCACCCAUAUACUCUCCUUUUGAUGACGAUCAAUAACGACUAAUGACGGCUUUGCGGGACUGAUGGACAUGUUUAUCAUGUUCUGUCUAUCAAAUCUCCCUUACAUCUUAGAUAGUGUCUUUUCCACGUGCCUAUAGCCUAUACCGCUUAGGUGUGUUCUCUACAUAAUUAAACACAGAGUAAUUCAAUGAAUCGUCCUACCAAGUAUU